AUGGAAGGCUAUGAUACUAAUCGUCUCAACAAGUUUUAUGCUUAUCCGACGUUUGCGAAAAAGUACGGUCACUGGAAUGAGGCGAACAAUAAUUACCAGCUGGAUGCAGCUUGGCAAGCCAGUCUUGUGAAUGCUGCUACAGUAGGUGCCUUCUUUGGCACUCUCUUGAACGGCGUCCUUCUUCCUCGGUUCGGUCAUAUCCAGGUGCUCAUUGGCGCUUUGCUGUCUCUCAGCGCCUUCGUCUUCAUUGUCCUCUUCUCACCCAACAAAACCGUCCUGAUGAUAUACCUUGGUAUCUUGUCCGUGUUGGGCGUCACGAAGACGCUCUCAAGUCCCUCGCCCGCCUCUGACCCAAGGCCACAGAGACGGAGCUCCGCGAUGCCCUCGGUCUCAUCAUCUACACCAACGAUCUUGAGCACUAGCUCUCCGUCGGAGCUUCAUACUGGGACUGCUUUAAGGGUUCUGAACUUCGACGAACCGAGAUUGCUUGUAUGGUUUUUGCUGGUUAGAUCUUUACUGGUCUUAACUUUGCCUAUAACUCGACCUACUUCUUCCAGCAGAUCGGUCUCGACCCAACCACAACCUACCAUCUCAACGUCGGUGGCACUGGCAUGGGUUUAUUCGCGACCCUCAUGUGUUGGAUAUUUGUCAUGCCCUAUGUCGGAAGACGCACUGCCUAUCUGGGGUAUUUUCGUCAUGACCAUCCUCCUCAUGUUGAUUGGUGGUCUCAACAAAAAGACGGAGAAUGAUAGCGUUGCCAUGGCCCAGGCUGUGCUAGCUCUCAUCUGGACAUUCGUCUUCCAACUGUCCUCUGGACAACUUGGCUGGGCCAUUCUCACCGAAAUCGGAUCCACGAGACUCAGGCAAAAGACGAUCUGCCUUGCUCGCAAUGCUUAUGCCAUCGCCAAUAUCAUCUCCGGAGUCUUGCAGUCAUACUUUAUGAACCCAACCGAGUGGAAUCUCAAGGGAUACACCGGGUUUAUCUGGGGCGGUACUUCAUUCUUCAUGUUCAUCUGGAUUUACUUCCGUCUCCCUGAGACCAAGGGUCGCACCUUUGAGGAGCUUGAUUUACUGUUUGCUAAGGGUGUGCCGGCUCGCAAGUUUAGUACUUACAAUAUUGAGACGUUCCGUGAUACUGAAACUGGAACUGAGAAGGUAAAGUCUCAUGCCUCUAUGGCGUAG